AAGAUGGCGGACGGAACUGAUGAUGAUGUUACUCUACCAAGAGCUGCAGUGAAUAAGAUGAUCAAAGAGUUGAUCCCAAARAUGAGAGUUUCGAACGAUGCCAGAGAAUUAAUCCUUGAUUGCUGUACAGAGUUCAUCCAUCUUGUGUCAUCUGAAGCAAARGACAUUUGCAAUCGCCAAACCAAGAAAACAAUUUCACCAGAUCAUGUUUUACUGGCUCUUGAGGCUCUUGGAUUCCAGUCAUACAUCCAGGAAGUGAAGUCUGUUUUAGCAGAAUGCAAAACCCAAGCCGCAAACAAAAGACGAGCAAGUACUAAACUGGAGCGCUUGGGAAUUCCUGAGGAGGAAUUACUGAGACAACAACAAGAACUCUUCCAGAAGGCAAGACUGCAGGCAGAGCAAGAAGAAAUGAUGCAGUUUCAACAAGCACAAGCUUUAGCACUCCAGCAACAGCAACAACAACAGCAGCAGCAGCAGCAGCAACCACAACAGCAGCAACAACCGGCAGCCACAAUUCAACCAUCAGCAUAACAACAACAUAUAAACAGGGCAAACAAGAAAUGGAUAUUUUAAAAUCUUUUAUUUAAAAACAUUUUCGUUUAUGGAAACAAAGAUAACCAAUUCUGCAAAUUACCCCAAGAAAAGAAUUUACUUUUUAAACCUUAUACAUGUAAAACUUUCUCUCUUCUCACAGAAKUUGACAUUUAAUUGUGAAUUUACAAAGUCAAGUUGAUGACUAUAGUUGAUGUGAUAUAGAUUAAGUGAACUGCCCAGUUUGUAGGCAACUACAGAACAACACAUGUAUAUAAUAUAACUGCCAGAAACUCUUUUAUGCUACYUAUGAAGAAUCUGACAAAGUUCAGACUCAAAGUUCAAACAUGUUAUACUAGUUAGUAAGAUAUUGUCAGAAUCAUUUGUUAAACCUCAUGAGUAAAAGAAAAUAUCAUUUAA